UCAGAAAAUGAAACCCGGAAGUUGACAAUUAAUCACAUGAUGGUCCUCAGAGUUCGCGUAUAAACAUGCCUUGGAAGUUCACAGGGCAUUCCCGGAAAGGCCCAGCACAACAUUGACUGGCUUUCUUCAAAUAUCAAGCGAAUCGAACAAGGACAAGGAGAUGGCGAUGCAGAAUAUUAUCAUGCUAGUGACUGCUAGCUUCGUGCUUGCAAGAUUUGGUGUACAAGGAGAUGCAAAAGUAGAUCAGACACUAGGCAAAGUCAGCACCCUCUUUAAAUGUGGAGAUGGGGACCUCAAGCGACUCGAGGUACUGCCAGGAGGAGGAUGGGAUAAUCUACGGAACGUCGAUAUGGGCAGAAUAACAUACUCUAACUACUCACAGUGCAAAUCCACUGAAGAUGGGAGAUAUUUCUUGCCAGAUAACACAUUUGUCAUACCGUUGAAAGAAAGCAAGGUGCAAACAUUUGCAAGUCUGUAUGAUCACUGGACAAACUUCUCUUCCACAGUAGCAUCAACAAUCAAUGUGGAAGCCCACGGCUCAUUCUUUUUUGGCUCGAUAAGUGGCUCGUAUUCACAAAGCCAUCGAUCAGUGAAGAAGUCUCAAGUGGAAGAUAGGUCUUUCACGACCCGGGUUCAACUCCGUCAUACAAUCUACAAAGUGAAAGUCCAACCUGACUGCCAGCUUGACCCCGCAUUCAAAAGGAGGUUAAUGGAAAUUGCAGCUCAUAUCCAGAGUAAUGGCAAAAGACAAGCCGCCUACUUGGCAGACCAGCUCAUUAGAGAUUUUGGCACCCACGUGGUAACAUCUAUUGAUGCUGGAGCAGUUAUUGCUCGGGUGGAAAACGUCAAGACAUCCUUUAAAAGUGACUAUAAAGAGGAUUCGAGUAAAAUCAAAGCGGCAGCCAGUGCCUCUUUCUUUAACACUUUUGGUAUCAGUGGUUCCUACAGCAAGUCUGUUGAUCACAAGUUUAUUGAUCAGUAUAUAGGCAAUGUAACGAGCAGCUACACGGAGACUUGGGGAGGGCUUCCUUUCCAAGCAAAUUUCUCAGUCAAUUCAUGGGAAGCAGGACUGAGAAAUAAUUUGGUGGCUAUCGACCGCUCUGGGGACCCACUGCAUUUUGUCAUAACAUCAGCUGUUCUUCCCGAGUUACCAGAACCAACACUGUGGGACUUGGCAAAUGUGGUAGAAAACGCAAUCAAACAGUACUACACGCAUAACCGAUACUUAGGAUGUAUGGACCCGAGCUCACAGAAUUUCAUCUUUCAGGCGAAUGAGGAUGAUGGAACAUGCACGGCUAAAUCAACCAACUUUACAUUUGGCGGAAUUUACCAGACCUGUACUGUUCAAGGCUCUCCUGGCCAGAAUCCAUGUGCUGGGUACUUGCAAAUGAACCCCAAAACACGUGAUUACAAAUGUCCCAGCCACUAUCAGGCAGUAAAAAUCUACGGUGGAACGACUUCAUCCAACUGCCACAGAAGCUGCCAUGGUUCCUGGUUCUGGCGACGUUGCAGUACAGACUGUGGGCAUGGUGUGUUUACGACCUAUUGGUGUGUGGCUACAAAAAAUAUUCCCCAGUCAUCUGGGUACCUGUUUGGAGGCAUUUACUCAAAGUCGCUUGCAAAUCCAUUGACGAAAUCUCAACGCUGCCCUCCAAAGUUCUACGCACAGCAGUUUGGUGCCACGAUGAAGGUCUGCAUAAGCGACGAUUAUGAAUUGGCUGCCCGAUACGCAGUUAGCUUUGGUGGCUUCUUUAGUUGUGGUACUGGCAAUCCGUUAUCUUUGGCACAUAACGGUUCUUCCUCGUUGCAAGAGCUUAUGACUUACAAAUUAGCAGAUGGACUUGGAACACUUCCGGUGAAUGUGUUUGUGUACCAGCAGGGUCCUAGCAACUGGCCUAAAAACUGUCCGCAUGGGUUCAGUCAACAUCUCGCUGCAAUUGAAAAUAACUGUGAAGUCAUGUACUGUGUGAAAGCAAAGGCAUUCUCUGUUCAAGGACUUCCUUCCAUACGAAGACCUCCUUUCUCAAGCGCUCCAGGACUCAGCAACAAUACCACCGUUCCAUUGGUGAUUGUCAACAAUGACAGAGGAAAGGUGUAUUUCCAGGAUAUGGAGACAUCUUUAUGGCACAUGGCAACCAAGAGUAACAUCGAGAACAUAAGUGAGGUUAAUGACUUCAGAAGUGCGCCCAUGGCUUCAAAGUCUGAUGGUAUGAGCCCAGGUGUUGCUGCUGCUAUCUCAGUCGUAAGCACGCUGACUCUUGCUUUGGUCGUUCUUCUUCUGUUCACCAAGUGCAAGAUGAAAAGAAGCAGAUCAAGAGAGCAGCUUCUUCGAUCUAUUGAUCGUUAUCAAGGGAUGCCGGCUGGUGUUGCUGAAGAUGCAGAGUAGCAUAACAUGGCUUGACUAAAUUUGAUAACAAAAUUUUGAUGAGAGGACAUAACAGAUUAUUUGAUAACAUUAAACCAAUCCAUGUUUUUCGAUUCCCUUAUUUUACUUAUUUAAUGCAAAGUACAGUGACUGGCUUGAGCAAAGAGACCUAUGCCAAAAAUGGGUAGCAAUUCAUUUCAAUUUAGGCAUAAGCACACAAGAUGUAGGAAUUUUGCAUGAAACGACAGCUUGUAAAGCUGAAAUUUUGAUAGCAAUGUUUCCUUAUGACGACAGAAUUUAUUUUGGCAACGGAUACCGCAUGGGUAUUGCCCAUUUUAACUUGAGUCAUUCACCUUAAAUUUUCUACAUUGCUGUGCCUAUGCAAAUCACAUUUUUAUGAAUUGCAGGAGCUUUGGGUCGGAAGUAAAAGCUUUAGUUAACUACAACGAUAAAUUCGUCUCUUGACUUUGCAUUUUGAUACUAACGUAGAAGUAGUACAAGAAAAAGAUGAACAGGAUAAUUUAGCAUUUUGAUUGAUAAUAACAGAUGCUAGUUGUGAACAUAAAGGUUAAUAUAUUACUUUUUAUCAUGCGAAGAAUUUAGCUAGUUGGAUACAACUGCGUGAAAAUUUACAUAGAGAAGGGAUAAACCAAUACCAAGCCCAAUAAACAUGGAAGACACAUUCAAUUGGGAGGAAGUAAUAGUCCACCCUGGCAAAACUUAAUUCGAAAACAACAGAGCAAAACGAAAGUUUGAGCUGCUACUCACAUCCCCUUCUUAAAAUCUCUAGCAUGCAUUAGAAUCAUUACUCUAACCCAGAAGUUGAUGACACGAAGUAAACGAACAAUUAAUGAGAAAAGUUUUUCAUUCUGAGAUUCUGGACAACGAACAUCUUUCUCAGAAUUCAGAUAUUGAUGUAUCACUGCUUUAAGGCUAUGCUAUGAAGGGCAACAGUAUGAUAUAUAAAAAGUAUAUUAAAGCUUAUAGUUACUGUAUCUAAUUUCCACAAAUCCAGAUGACUCUGAACAUCGAGUAUUUAAUUUAUCUAUGCUACUGUCAACGAUUUUAACGUUCCUUUGUUGAUAAUGUCAAUAAAACAUGCUUUUGUUUUGAUUGCAAUUUCUUUGCGGC